AUGCCCCCCUUCUUCCGUUCCCGCAACCCACCCGCCUCCCCCCCCAGCACGGACAAUGAAGCGGAUGGUUUGAAAGAGCGCAACGAGCAGCGAGGCGAAGCAGAUGGGGCCAAAGCUCCUGGUGGCGGCGCGGUGCAGCGCGCGGCCAGUGGGGUUGGGCGGCAUGUUGUGGCGCAGCAAGCUGUGCGUGGGCGUGGUGUGGUGCCCGCCACUGCCGCGUGCCCUGCCCCACGUUGCGCAAUACCUGCCUGCCCCGGGUACGAGGGCCGUGAGGGUUGGGAAAGGAGGGACGGUGGUGAGAAGAGGAGAGGCCGAAGAAUGGUGACGCUGAGAAUGGGGGAAAGAAAGCGGGCGGUUUUGAGGGUCAUGCAAGGGGGGAAGGGGGAGGGUGAUGACGGGGCAGCGCCGCGACCUUCCCCCCUCCCCACUGCGCCCUCCCCUCCCCACUGCGCCGUCCCCUCCCCACCUUACCCCCUCCCCACUGCGCCCUCCACUCCCCACCUUCCCCCUCCCCACUGCGCCCUCCGCUCCCCCACCUUCCCCCUCCCCACUGCGCCCUCCGCUCCCCGAACCCCCUCGUCCACCUCAACUGACGACCGCGCGUCGUUCGUCGCGGCGGAUGGCAGCGCCGCGCGCUCGUCCCCGCGCACUUCCGCGCGCACAGCAAAUCACAGUCGCAACUUUCUUGCUUUCCUUAUGCUGAACUUUUACAUUCGGGCAUGCCGCUCGCGCCUCGUCCGUGGCGGCGGAAGGCAGCGCCGCCCACCACCAUCGCCGCCUUUUGACGCGCCUGGAAGGAGAUGGGCGGAAGUUGCAUCCGUCCUUCCCUCUGUGUCUGCCGUGUUCCCAGAGCUUGGCGGGUCGAAGAUACGUGAAUUCCUCAACGACUUGUUGACCAAGGUGGAGGAUCGUAAGAAAUUGGACGAGUGCAGCGACAGUGUGGCACAAGCCCGGAAUGAUUAUCAAAAGAAGGUAGGCAUUAUUAGCAGCGAGUUGGAGAUUCUGCUGCAAGCCGUGGACAGCCAUACAGCCGAACUCGUACGGAGCCGCACGGUUGCUAAAGACACGUACGGGGAUGCCUACGACAUCCUCUUCGACUAUAUUGAGCAGGAGGAGAGGGAUGAGGCUUUGCUGGAAAAGGGAGCUCACCCGCCUGAGAAGGAUUCUGAGGUGGAGCUGAUGAGGGCUACGUUGGAGGAGCAGAGCCGUCAGCUGGCUGACGGAGAGGCUCAAUUGCAGCAGAUCAGAGCUCAGCUUAAGACAGUAGCUGACGAGCGAGAUUACCUUCGAAAGAAGUUCAAGAACCUGAGAUUCACAGUUUCGCCAUCCGGGGCAGGAGAUGGGGGGGAGGGAGGGGAAGGGGGAGGGAGAGGAAGAGGGGGAGAGGGGGUUGGAGAGGGAGAGGGAGUGGGAGAAGAUGAGGAAGUGGGUUUCGGUGGUAUUGUCGGGUGCACGUACGAGCUCAAACCCUUUAGGAUUAGAAUAUGGGAUGGUUUUAACAAAAAACGGCACGAGGUGGGUGAUUACGAGUUCCACGACACUGCUGGGAUGGCGUCCGAGGUUUCAAGGCUGGUUCUCAAGGUUCGAGUCCCAGAAAAACCCAAGUUUCUCACUCCUGCGCAGUUCACCGCAGCAUCCCAGAUUGAGAGGAAGCACGAAAAAAUGAAGUGGUGGGAGGUGGUGGAGAUCCUGUCGAACGGCUCGGCGGACGAGAUUGCGGAGCUGAUUGCGGGCAAGAAAGUGCCGGUGCCGAGGAGAGGGGAGAGGAAGAGGGGUUGA